GCUCAACUUAAUUUAAUAUUUCCCCAGCGGGUUCAAGCUGCUGCUGCCUCCUCUCUCUGUCUGUCUGUCUUUGCUGCCUCCUCGCCAAAAACACUUUCCCAUGCCAUGCCCUUUCUUUUUAUCUCCUUUUCGCCCCUUUAAUUCAUUUUCUUCCCUUCCCCCGCAACCUAACUAGGUUUAGCAGUCAAGUCACAGAAAGCAACAGUUUUUUUAGGAGAAAGAGAGAGAGAUGUGCAACAAGAAGAGUCCACCUCUUCCUCCUUCUGCUACUCCUACUUGUCAUGAUGAUGAUCCUGUGCAAACCAGCUCUAUGAUUCAUAAUAUCAUCAAGGAAGAACAACAAGAAACCUCCACAGACCCGGCAGCAGCUCACCGCAAAUCCAGAACCAAGACCAGGAAGCCCAAGUUCUUAAGCCUCCGAUCCCAACUCUCGCUCCCCAAGCAUGAUCACGACCAAGAUUAUUACACAGUAUCAGAUUCGACCACUACAAAUACAAUGACCGCCGGUCAACGCCACCAGCUCAACCUCUUCCCACUCCACCCGGGAAACCUUGUCGACCACCAAGAGAAAGCCGACAUGCAGGACGACAACGUGGCCUUGCUCUUCCACUCAGAAGGCGGAGCCACCCUCAACGGCCUCCUCACAUCCACCUCCACCGCCACGACCUCCACCUCGACAACCACCACAAUGUCAUCUGACCGAGAGGACCAAGAGUCGUUUUCCACCUACGCCUACUAUAACAUUGUACGGACGGCGAUGAGGAGCAGAGAGAGGGAGACGAGCGUGGAGAAGUGGGUGUGCUACUCGGAGCUGGUGGACAAGAAGGAGGAGCAGCCUCGUCGUGACGUGGAGGUACGGUGGAGGAGCGGGACCUUGGCUUUGAAGCUUGAUUAUGAGGAGAUCUUGAAUGCUUGGUCUGAUAAGGGCCCACUUUGCAUUGAUGGGGACCCACCACAGACUGUUCCUGACCAGCUUUUUCAGCUCCAUGAUAACACUCCCAAUGGUGAGGGAUGUGAUGGGAAUUUAUGGAGGGUCCCAGGAGGAGAGGAUGAGAGCCUGAAAACGAAGAUGGGGAAAACUCAAAGAGAGGCGAGUGUAUUGAGAUACAAGGAAAAAAGGCAAAACAGGCUUUUCUCUAAGCGGAUCCGAUACCAAGUUCGAAAGCUCAAUGCCGAAAAACGACCCCGUAUGAAGGGUCGAUUCGUGAAGAAGAGAAGUUGAAGUUUUAAUCAAAGCGUAGAGAAUACGAGCGAGCGACAUGCAGAAUAUUAGCUAGCUAGAUUCCAAGAGGAUAGAUAGGUUUUUGGUGCUUCAACUAUCUAUUACCACUGCAAGUCUUUUUUGUUUCUCUUCCUAAUCUAUUUUGCUACCUAAUUGUUAAUUACGUUGCGCUUGCGCGCGAGAGAGAGAGAGAGAGAGA